UUUUUGUUAAAAAGAAAAAGGAGGAAAUUUUUGAAGCAUUUUUAACUAUAUACAGAGAAUGCCUUUCCUAGAGGAUAGUGGAAUAGAAAGCGAGGAUAAACCCUCUUUAAUAAACGAAGAUAAUGAAAUGUUAACAACAACAACUACGGACCUACGUCUUACAAAUGAAACAUCCGAGCAUAUGGCUGAUUUGGAAGUGGUCUUCAAAGGUUCUAUUUGCCAAAACACGCAAUCAUGCGCUACUAUGUAUAAAGCGUCGAAAGAUUUAUCAAUUGUAGAUCAUCAUCAUCAUCAUCAUCAUCAUCAGCAUGACAGCAACAGUGACAUUGAAGAUCACAUACAGCCACCAAAUACUUGCAGAAUAUUACAACGUAAAUUGGAAUUAAAAGUGGAAAGAGCUAAACGUAAUUACAAUCAAUAUCAAGAAGAAAAUAAACGAAAAUCUCAAUCAUCUACCUUAAUACCGAUUAGCCGAUUACCAAUACCGGGCGAGAGUCAGCACAAACCUUUAGUGGAUUACAAUAGUGAAAGCGACGAUGGCGAGGAAGUUUCAUUUUUUCCGCACAAUGAACAACGUAAACAACGUAUGAAUAAAAAAUGUCCAGAACUUAGCGAUACUUUUAGUAUACAGGAAAUGAUUAUCGAUUCGGAUUUAGAAUCGAACGAUUCACAAAAUCUAGAAUUAUUAACGCCACGUUUAAAAAAAUCAUUUAUCGAUCAGUUAAGCGGAUGUUUUUGUUUCCCGCAUAACAGUUAA